AUGACCGAUCCAAGAUUGCAAACUCGCCCUUCCGAGGCAAAUGACGAACCACCUAGCUACGAAGUAGCACAGCUUCAUCACCAAGUUGACUCCAUCAAGACAGUGACAAUGCAACAAUACACCCCCGGCACAGCCAUCGGGCCUCACCUAAUACGAUCCGGCAAACUCCUAUCACAACAAGCUGAUCUCAUCAGCAUCCCCAUUCACACCAGUUACAACGACAUGCUCAAGCUCCUACACGCUCGUUUUCAAGCACGCUCUGGUGUCCAGGCACCGAGUAAGACGAUGUCUUUCUAUUGCAGGAUCGCGAUUGAUUAUGGUGGGAAGCGUGUACUGCUUGAUGAUGAUGGCUGGCUGGCUGCUAAGUCGUUGUUAUUAUGCAGGACGACCAUAGGCACAGGCACGGAGCUUGUCUUCAUGUUCGCGACUAAGGCGAGGGGCGGAGGUAGGUCGCGAGGGCAGCGACUUCGAGAGCUGUUCAGAAAGGAGGCUCGAGCGACGUGUUUGAUAGAACCGUUGCUUUGA